AGCCAUUCUGGCCCAAUUCGUCCAGUGUUUCUCCCCAGCUCUUCGCUGCAAUCGCGGAGCAUCCAGAGGAAGCGAUGGGCCGCGAAGAAUCCCUUGCCCAGGCCAAGGAGGCAAGAAAGGAGGUGGCGGAAGCAAAUUUCCAGAAGAAGGAGGCCAUCCGGGAGAAGCAGUGGACCGCCGCCGAGGCGGCAAACAAAGGGGGGGGCGCGAAGCAGGCUCAGAGUGCGGAGGCCGACGCUGAAAAGGCCGCCAGGAAGGAGGAGGCAAGGCGAUUGGCGGCUGCCGAGGAGGCUGCCACAGGUUCUGGCCCCACUGGCGACCCCUAUGCCCACUUGAAUAAGGGCCCGUCGAAGAAGGAGGCAGCAGCCAAGGCCAAAGCCCAGGCGAAGAUGGCCGCCCUCUCCGCCCUGGCCAAGGCGCCGCCAGCGAAGAAGAAAUGACAUUGCUUUUGAGUUCGAGCGCUUCUGGGCAGGAAGGCUCCGCGUGGCGUCGCUGAGAAUCCCUGAUGCAGAUAGUGUUGCCAUGCGCUGCUGUCCCAGGUGCCUUCUCUUGAUCAGGAGCGCUGCGAUGGGGGAGACUUUGUGAGGGUGGUCGCAUGGGGAGAAGUGAGAGCGCCGCCCUGAACGAGACAAGCAGCCUCUUUCGCCCGCCCUUUGUCUCCAUCGAA